AUCCAUUAAGCUAAGAAGCUGUUCAUUGAGACAGAUUUCAGUGGUAUUACAGAAGAUCUGAUUAUAACUGGACGCAUUAUUCACUUAUAGUAAGUCUGGAACUUAAAUUUUAGGGAAGGAAGUGUGGGGAUGAGAGGAAGCUAUUUCAUAGGAGCUGGAUACUCAUCAUAUUAGUGGAAAUUUCAAGGUAUUGAAUCUUAGAGAAAUGACUUUCGUUCAUUUGGAUAUCAGAUGCUUCAUUCUUAUUUGCACAGUAUUUGGCUCUACUUUGUCUUCAAAUGCUGAAAUAAAAGUUAAUCCUCCUCAGGAUUUUGAGAUAGUGGAUCCUGGAUAUUUAGGUUAUCUCUAUUUGCAAUGGCAACCUUCAUUGUCUUUGGAAAUUUUGAAGGAAUGCACAGUAGAAUAUGAAUUAAAAUACCGAAACAUUGAUAGUGAAAAUUGGCUGACCAUCAUUACUAAGAAUCUAUGUUACAAAGAUGGGUUUGAUCUUAACAAAGGUGUUGAAGCAAAGAUACACACACUUCUGCAAGGCCAAUGCACAAACGGAUCUACAGUUCAAAGUUCAUGGUCAGAAGCUACUUAUUCAACAUCACAACAAGGAAAUCUGGAAACUAAAAUUCGGGAUAUGGAUUGUAUAUAUUAUAACUGGCAAUAUUUACUCUGCUCUUGGAAACUUGGCAUAGGUGUCCAUUUUGAUACUGAUUACAACUUGUUUUACUGGUAUGAGGGCUUGGACCAUGCAUUACAGUGUGCUGAUUAUAUCAAGGGUAAUGGAAAAAAUAUUGGAUGCAAGUUUCCUUAUUUGGAGUCGCCAGACUAUAAAGAUUUCUACAUCUGUGUUAAUGGAUCUUCAAAAUCCCAGCUUAUCAGACCCAGCUAUUUCAUUCUUCAGCUUCAAAAUAUAGUUAAACCUUCGCCACCAGACUAUCUUAGUAUUAUUGUGAAUUCAGAGGAAAUUAACCUGAAGUGGAGCAUGCCUGCAGGACCCAUUCCAGCAAAGUGUUUCAUUUAUGAAAUUCAGUUUACAGAAGAUGAUAGUACCUGGGUGACUACCACUUUUGAAAAUGAAUUAUACACCACAAGAACAGCAAAUAAAAGCCAACAAUUAUGCUUUUUAGUGAGAAACAAAGUGAAUAUUUAUUGCUCAGAUGAUGGAAUUUGGAGUGAGUGGAGUGAUAAACAAUGCUGGAAAGGUGACAUUUGGAAGGAAACCUUGUUAUCUUUCUUGAUACCAUUUGCUUUUGUGUCAUUAUUUGUUGUGUUAAUAACUUCUCUGCUUUUGUAUAAUCAAAAGGCUUUCCUGAAAAUGGUUUUAAAUACAAAAAAAGAAGUCUUUUCUCAUCAAGAGACACUCUUUUGACUCAAUAAUUUUGUCUUGUGGCCAAAUGUUAAAUUCAACUCUUAUUAAACUGAUUUUUUC